AUGGCGGGAAAGGUAGAAGUCGUCGACGAGGUCGAAGCUGCGCCCGGAGCCCCAGGCGGUGACCCGGAAAAGCUAAGGUCCAGAUCAGCCGCGCAUGAGCGGAUCGGGGACCAGAUUCCGCACGAGAUGCUGGAGGAGCUGGCGCCCAACGGGGAGGGCGAGUACAUCCUGGACAAGAUCAACAACAUGACCGAGGAGGAGGCGAUUGCCAUCGUGCAGGAGUCGUACAAGUUCCACGCCGACGACUGGAACUUCCCUUCUGAGAUGCGCGAGCGCAUGCGGCGCCUGCUCGAGGGGCGGAAGCAGUACGGCGAGUUCUACGACCGCGACCUGCGCAUCGACGCCGUCAUGAUGCGCUACUCGUCUCCCUACCCGGGCGUCCGCGCCGUGGCCGAGGUCAUCGACGACUCGAGCGUCCCGAUCGAGACGAUCCGCGCGUACUUCUUGGGCAUUUCCUGGGCCGUCAUCGGCACGUUCAUGGCCUCCUUCUUCAACAGCAGGUUCCCAUCUGUCACGCUCAGCGGGUCGGUGAUCCAGAUCCUCCUAUAUCCCUGUGCGAAAGCACUCGAGUGGCUGCUACCUGACUGGGGAAUCACGCUCUUUGGAGUGCGGCAUUCCCUCAACCCGGGGCCGUGGACCUUCAAGGAGCAGAUGUUUGCGACAAUUACGUACAACAUCGCAAUCUACACGACCAACUCUUACGGGAUGAUUCUCGUCCAGAAAAUGGAUGUCUAUUACGGCUUGAAGUUCGUUACGUUUGGCUACCAGCUGAUGCUGACCCUCUUCGUCCAGCUGAUGGGCAUGGGCUUUGCGGGAUAUCUGCGGCGCUUCAGCGUCUACCCGGUCAAGGCCCUAUGGCCGACAAUCCUGCCGACCAUCGCCAUGAACCGCGCCUUAACUCGCCCGGAGCCCAAGGAAAACAUCUACGGCUGGACGAUCUCGCGGUACAAGUUCUUCUACAUCUGCACAAUCAGCAUGGCCAUCUACUACUGGCUGCCGGGCUAUCUGUUCACCGCGCUCUCGACCUUCAACUGGAUGACGUGGAUAGCCCCCGAGAACCUGACGCUGGCCAUCCUUACCGGGUCGUCUCUCGGACUGGGCUUGUUCAACCCCAUCACCACCUUCGACUGGAACGUGGCCACGAGCUCGUACGCGGCGCUGUCGCAGCCCUUCUUCAGCACGUGCACCAUGUGGUUCGGCGCGAUGUUCGGGGGGCUCAUCAUCCUGGCCAUCUACUACCGCAACAUGAACUACACGGCCUACCUGCCCAUCAACUCCAGCUCGGCCUUCGCCAACGACGGCAAGCCGUACCGGGUGCAGAACGUCGUGGUCAACAACCGGCUCGACGAGGCCAAGUACCAGGCCUACUCGCCGCCCUUCUACUCGGCCGGCUACAUCCUCACGGUGGGCGCCAACUUCGCCUUCUACCCGGUCUACUUCCUCUACAUCAUGGUCAACCAGUGGACCACGGUCGGGCAGGCGUACGUCGACUUCUACCGGGGCCUGCGCCACGGGCGCGGCAACUACGAGGGCGCCAUGGACGUGCACAGCCGGCUGAUGGCGCAGUACCCUGAGGUUCCCGACUGGUGGUUCCUGCUGAUCCUGGUGCUGGCGGUGGUCGUCGCGGUCGUCUUCCUGUCCAUCUACCCGCUCGACACGCCCGUCUGGCUCGUCUUCCUCAUGAUCGGCGUCAACCUGGUCUUCGCGGUGCCGCUGUCGUUCCUGUCGGCCACGACGGGCACGAACCUGGGGCUCGGCUCGCUGAUCCAGGUGCUGACGGGCUACCUGCUGCCGGGCAACCCGAACGCGUUCCUGUUCGCGCAGACGCUCGGCUCGUGGGCGCUGGCCGGCUACGGCGACAACUACGUGCAGGACCAGAAGAUGGCGCACUACGUCAAGAUCGCGCCGCGCGCCGUCUUCCGCAGCCAGAUCGGCACCAUCAUCAUCACCUGCUUCGUCGCCGUCGCCACGCAGAACUUCAUCAUGGAGAACGUCAAGGGCCUGUGCACGCCCGACCAGCCCAGCCGCUUCACCUGCGCCAACGACGGCGCCCCGCUGUACGCCAGCUCGCUCAUGUGGGGCCUGCUCGGCUCCGAGAGGAUGUUCGGCGCCAUGUACCCGCUGUUCAAGUGGUGCUUCCUGAUGGGCGUGGCCAUUGCCCUGGUGUUCCUUGUCGGCCAGGGCCUCGGGCCCAAGUACCUGCCGCGGGUGAAGGAGAAGCUCAGGGCGAGGCUGCGGCCGCGCACGUUUGCGGUGCUGGACAAGACGCUGUUCCCCUUCGUCGCGUCGCUGCUGUGGCUGAAUCCGAUCCUGGUGAUCCAGGGGGUGCAGCACUGGGCGCCGUCCAACAUGGCGUACAAGACGCCCGGGUUCAUCCUCUCCUUCAUCUUCAUGUACCUGCUGCCCAAGUACCGGCUGGCCUGGUGGGAGAAGUACAACUACGUGCUCUCGGCGGCGCUGACGGCGGGCGUUGCCAUCAGCGGGCUCAUCAUGUUCUUCGCGGUCGGCUACAACCCGGUCAAGCUGGAAUGGUGGGGGAACACGGUCAGCUCGGCUGGCAUGGACGGGCGGAGCGUGGGAAUUUUGCCGAUUCCGGAGCGUGGUUAUUUCGGUCCUGAGAAGGGGAGCUUCCCUUGAGAUGAAGACACCCGGUCCAGGGAGAGCACCGAGCAUAUCGAGUGCGGGAUGGCUGGAUGAGAAUCCGAGACGCACCCUGCCCGCUUGCUUACACCGGGAGGGCGGAG